CGUGAUCCUUGCCAACACAUAGACUGAUGACACAGUGCAGAUUCUUCCACUUUUUUUUUCCAUUCCUAGGUAUCUUCAUACUACACCCAUAUUCAUCACAAAAUGGAUCAACACAGAACUAAACGGCGAAAGACCAAAGCAAAUGAUUCCUCUGUUGUCAAAAUAGGUGACAAGACCAUAUCUCUGAGCGGAUUCCUUGAACUCCCUCCAGCAAACACUGAAGAACAACCAUCAUCGGCACCUGAAGAAAAUGGCUUCACUACGGAUAAUGACAAAAGGGAGCUGCAAAAGACUGCGGGUGAAAUAUGCGAACCGGUAUCGAAGAAACAGCCUCAGGUAGGCAGUAUUGGGCCGACCUCAAAGGCAACGAAGGAGCGGGACACGCCCAUGCUAAAGGCGAGAAAAGCAUUGCCAAUAUGGGCGUACCGUGACGAGAUCAAGACGAGUCUACGCGGCGACAAUGACAUUCUUCUUGUUGUCGGUGAAACUGGUUCAGGCAAAAGUACACAGACCCCGCAGUUUCUCUGCGAAGAGUCCUGGUGCCGUAGGAAGAAAGUGCGUGUGAAGUCGGACAUUGUUGGAGUUGGUGGGGUGAUCGCAAUCACUCAACCACGCCGAGUCGCCGCGACGACACUAGCUGGCAGAGUAGCACGAGAAAUGGGUACACCUUUGGGUGCUGCAAAUGAGGGAUCGGUUGGUUACUCGGUGCGAUUCGAUCAUAAGGUCCCUAAGGGUACCAAGAUCAAGUUUCUUACUGAGGGUAUGCUUUUACAAGAGCUUCUACGGGAUCCGAAUCUGCGACAAUAUAGCGCCAUCAUUGUUGAUGAGAUUCACGAGAGAAGCGUUGAUGUGGACUUGAUCACCGGCUUUCUGAAACAGAUCUUGGCGAGUGAUAAAGCCGGACGCGGAGGGAUACCGUUGAAAGUCAUCAUCAUGAGUGCAACAGCAGAUGUUGAAAAGAUACAGGAUUUCUUCAGACCGGAUGGUACGCCAUCCUCGACCCCCUUAAAGCUUCUGAAAAUUAAAGGACGGCAGUACCCAGUGGAAAUCAAACACACAGAAAAGCCUGUCCCAGACAUUCAAGAAGCAUUAGUGAAGAAGGUCUUUGAUAUUCACCAACAUGAGCCAUUACCCGGCGACAUUUUGGCAUUUUUCACUGGUCAGGAGGAAAUUGAGGCUGCCCAGCGUCUUAUUGAGGAGCACUGCGCCACAUUAGCUUCGAAUGUGCCCAAGCUGCUCGUGUGCCCUCUUUACGGGCAACUCUCAAUCCAAGCGCAACAAGAUGCUUUUCAGCCCGCGAAGACCAAGUACACCCGAAAGGUGGUUUUAGCUACCAAUAUCGCAGAGACAUCGGUCACUGUCCCCGGCGUCCGCUACGUCAUUGACUGCGGCAAGGCAAAGGUGAAACAAUUCCGCGCGCGGCUCGGGAUGGAGUCCCUCCUAGCCAAGGCAAUAUCCAAAUCAUCAGCAAUUCAACGAACGGGACGAGCAGGUCGUGAAGGGCCGGGGAAAUGCUUUAGGCUAUACACGUCCGAAACAUACGACGAGCUACAAGAUGCAGAUCUGCCUGAGAUUCUCCGCAACGACGUCCUAGGUGCUGUGCUGACUAUGAAGGCACGCGGCAUUAACGACAUUCUUUCGUUCCCGCUGAUGGACUUCCCUGAUAUCGAGGCCGUCGAGAAGGCGCUGAUACAAUUGUAUGGCCUGGGCGCUCUUGCUAACGACGGCAGUAUAACCAAUAUCGGGCGCAAGUUAGCUCUGUUCCCCGUAUCUGCCCCCUACGGCCGCGUGCUUCUCGCCGCCGCCACUCCCGAGUUCGACUGCCUCCUCGAAGUCAUCGACGUGAUUGCAGUGAUAACCUCGGGUGAGACCAUCUUCCACCAGAUUCAAACGGAAGAGGAUAGUGAACGUGACGCGAUCGAGGAAACGCGCAAAGAGCUACAGCGUCGCGAGGGCGACAUCCUGACCUUCCUGACGACGAUGCAGCGAUACGCCGCCGAAAACGCGGACCGCAUAGCGUGGUGCCGCGCCCGCCGCAUCAGCGUACGUAAUAUGCGUCAGGCCCUCAACAUCCGUCGCCAGCUGCGCGGCAUCUGCGUCAAAGAGAAGUUGCUGUCGGAGCCGCCGCUGCCAGACCCUCAGCCCUUCGUGCCGCUUUCCCCUGAGCGCGCCGAUGCGCUGCUGCGGUGCUUCAUGCGUGGGUUCGCGACCAAGACGGCGCUGCUUGCGCCCGACUCGAGUUAUGUUACUGUCCAGGGCAAGCACGUCGUCGCCAUCCACCCGUCGAGCGUGCUGCACGGCCAGAAGAAGGAGGCCAUCAUGUUCCUCGAGCACGUCUUCACGCAGAAGAACUAUGCCAAGAAGGUCAGUGCUAUCCGCGCCGACUGGAUCGUUGAGGCCAUGGGCGGCAAACCCACAUAAUGCAUAUGUUGCGCGUCCUUUAACUAAGUCUAAUGUUGGUGUGGUGGGAUCUCUAUAUAGGUUAGAUAUUACACUUUGCUGACUUAAUCAGCCCUUCCUCAAAGCAGAAAGGUAGAAUAAACUUAU